GCCCAGGGAGAGAGUCCUAAUACGUGUAUAGGAUGUGGGAAAAGCUUCUGUCUGAGAUCAAAUCUUAUUACACACCAGAAACUCCACAUGGGAGAAAAACCUUAUAAAUGUACUGAGUGUGGGAAAAGCUUCCUUCAGAACUCUAAACUUAGUCAGCACCAGGGUAUCCACAUGGGAAAGAAACCCUAUAAAUGUCUGGAAUGCGGAAAAGGCUUCACUCUGAGCUCCACACUCAUUCGUCAUCAGAAAACCCACAGGAGAGAGAGGCCCUACAGAUGCACUGAAUGUGGGAAAAGCUUCAAUAAACACUCAACACUUGCACAGCAUCAGAGAAUCCACACUGGAGAGAAACCCUUCAGAUGUGCAGUAUGUGGGAAAAGCUUCAGUCGGAGCUCAACGCUCAUUCAGCAUGAGAGGAUCCACACGGGGAACAAACAGCAUAAAUGUGCUGAAUGCGGGAAGAGAUUUAGUCAGAACUCAGAUCUGAUUGUACAUCAGAGAAUCCACAUGGGUGAGGAACUCCACGAUUGUACUGAGUGUUGGCAAAGGCUUAGCUGCAGGUCAAUGCUUAUUAAACAUCAGAGGAUCCAUACAGGACAGAGACCCUAUAAGUGCCCUGAAUGUAAGAAAAGCUUCUCCUGGAGCUCAGACCUUAUUUGUCACCAGAGGGUCCACAUGGAGGAGAAUCCCUAUAAAUGCACUAAGUGUGGGAAAAGCUUCGGUCGGAAAUCACAACUCAUCCAGCACCAGAAAAUGGAUUUCUGGUUCCCAAACCUGAUGUGAUCUCCCAGACGGAACGAGGGGAAGAGCCAUGUGUUCCAGAUCUCCAGGCCACCAAAAAAAGAGAGGUUCUGAAAGCUACCCAGACAGGGCGAGAGACGCAGGCGGAGUCGACAGGAGAACAUCAGCCAUCGACUUACUGCAGUGAAGACACCACGCAGAUGAUGAGGUCUUCCUGAGUGAAAAUAAGGAGGAGAAUUCUCCCCUGAGAAUACACAAGACAGAGAGACUGAACAUGUGUGCAGACCUUAUUAAACAUCAGAGAUCGCAAAUGGGAGAGAGACCAUAUAGAUGUUCUGACUGUAAGAAGAGUUUUAGUCGGAAAUCAGAUCUUACUCAACAUCAGCGAAUCCACACCAGGAAAGAAACCCUAUACAUGUGCUCAGUGUUGGAAAAGUUUCAGCCAGAAUUCAUCGCUCACUCGACACCAGAGAACCCACGGGGGAGUGAAACCCUAUCCCAGACUGAGUGUGCCCACUUAUUCCUGUGGAAGAUACAUUAAUAAUGCAUGAGAGAUGGGACAGAAAUCAAUGAGAGCUGCACUUAAUGGGGG